AUGCAACUAGUCAAAGAGUUUUAUAAGCUUAUGCAUGAUGAGUUUGAGAUGAGUCUAAUGCGGGAUUUAAAUUACUUUCUAGGACUUCAAAUCAAGCAACUCAAGGAAGGGACAUUUGUGUGUCAAGCUAAAUAUUGUCACGAGUUACUUAAACGCUUCGAAAUGAUAGAUUCGAAGUCUAUUGACACUCUGAUGUCCACAAAUGGAAAUUUGGAAAGAGACGAACAUGGUAAGCAUGUUGACAUUAAAAUGUAUAGAAGUAUGACUAGAUAUUUUGAAUACCCCAUUGUAUCGAGGCCUGCUAUAAUGUUUAGUGUGUGCAUGUGUGCUCGGUAUCAACUCGCUCCCCAGGAAUCACAUUUAAAAGCAGUAAAGCGCAUUCUUAGAUAUCUUUAUGAUACAUCUAAGUAUAGGCUUUGGUUUUCCAAAGGGAUUAAUUGUAGUUUAGUUGGCUACUCUGAUUCUGAUUUUCUCGGUUGCAAAUUAGAUAGGAAAAGUACGAGUGGAACAAGCCACUUCUUUUUAAACUCCUUAGUUAGUUGGCAUAACAAGAAGCAAUUCUCGGUUGCUUCGUCAACUUCCUAG